GAUUGUGAUUGUAAAAAUUGCAGGCUGCGGUGCGGUGCGUUUAACGUUAACUCUUGAAAUGGGAACAAAACGAAAGUUAGAGAAUAAAUUAUUAGUAUACAGUUACGUCCCACUUUAAGACGACGUGUAGCUUAGAUCAUUAAAUUUACACAUUUGCGGUGUACUCGGCAAAAGGUUGGCGUUGAAAAAUGUUGAAUAUAUUGGACCUAGGUUUCCUAAGUUUAGCUCUUACUGUUGCAUUUACAGGUUUUGUGAUAAAGAAUUAUGAAAAACACGUACCGGCUUUCAUUAUAAAAGGGUUUAAAUACGGUUCAUUUGCAUACCAAGGUUCAGGUGCCAAUUAUUUACAAAUUAUAGAAGUGCCAAAAGCUUUAUACAGACAUUUCUAUGCAUUUUCAUCUAUUUUUAGUGCAGUGACUUUAUUAUACGCUAUAUUAGUGUAUUAUUUUGAAUUUACUGUGCAUAGAUAUAUCAUCCUAUUUGUAAAAUUAUUAUUGGAGCAGGACGAGCCCUCAGUGUCAGCAACUGCAGCCCUACUAGCUCUUGCACUACUCACCAUCCAGUGUACAAGACGAUGCUACGAGACAUACUGUCUGCAAGUGUUUGCACAGUCCAGCAAGAUGAACCUCAGCCACUAUGUCGCAGGCCUGGUGCAUUAUUUUGCUGUGGUUGUUGCGGCUAUAGGACAAGCACCACUAUUUUGUGGCAACCAAAAUCGUGAAAGAAUACUAUGGAAUGACUCAAAAACUCUCACUCUGUCUGUACCAAUAACCAUAAUAUUCCUGUUGGCAUGGUACGAACAAUACAAAAGCAAUGUGAUAUUUGCCAAUUUGCGCAAAGACAAGAAGUCAGGCAAAGUUGUCACAGAGAGGCAUAGUGUGCCUCAUGGGAGAUUAUUCAAUUAUGUAUCAAGUCCUCACAGACUGUACGAAGUUGUUAUGUAUGUGGUGUUGCUCAUUCUAAUACCUACAAGGACAUUCUUUUGUAUAUUCUUAUGGGUGAUUUGUAAUCAGGUACAAACUGCUAUACACGCUCACGAAUGGUACAAGAAGACAUUUAAAGACUACCCAUCUAAUAGAACUGCAUUUAUUCCUAAUAUUUAUUAGAUUUAGUAAUUAUAGUAAGGUUUAAUUUGCUAUUUACAGGGAUCAAAAUUGAUUUGAAACUUAAUAUAGUAGAUACUUUUAAAGAGGGAAAAUAAAAAAUGUAAACAAAUUGACUGUACAUAAUUGCAUGAGACAGAAAUAUGAAAUUAGUAUUAUAAUACAAAGGUUGUCUGUGUAUUGUCUCGCCUCGUUAGUACUAUAGACAAUAUAGAUUAAUAUGUUUUUAUAAUCAUUAAAAUCAACUGAUUCUUUUCUUACAAGCAAAUUUGAAAUUACGAUAAAUUAUUUUUAAUUCAAAGUCCAAAUUUAAUUAAUGAGUACUUGUCAAAUCUCACAAUGUGCAGUAGAUUAGCAUAAACAAACUUUAUUCUAUGACAGUCAAUAAGGAUGUUUGUUACUAAAGACCUUGAUAAUUUAUAUCUAUACUAAUAUUAUAAAGAGGUAAAGUUUGUAAGUUUGUAACAUUCUUUAAAUGGGGUAAUCUUCGAAAAAAAUAAUAAAUCUACCUCUUUAUAAUAUUGGCAUAGAAGUCUCCAUUUCCCUUGGUCAUCCCACGACGCUCAAAGGGCUUGAUCGAUUUUGCUAAGGGUAGGGGUAAGGUAGGGAAGGUAUAGGGUAGAGUACGGUACGGGUGGGGUAGAGUAGGGGUAGCGUAGGGGGAGGGUAGGGUAGGGGUAGUUGAAAGUUUACAUCGAGUUUCACGCGGACGAAGUCGCGGGCGUCCGCUUUUCUUGUAUAAAGCAUUAUGAAAACUAAUAUAGUAUUUAAUCAUCUUUUUGAUGAAAUAAUAUAUCAAUAACACGUCUUUUAUUCAUUGACAGAAUUGAGAUUGGAUUUUUAUUUUUUUAAGUAAGUUACAGAGAUUUUGCUUUUUUUAAAUAUGCUCCCAGCCCAUUGCUAGAUCAGCUCGGCGGCUCUUUGAGCUGUAACUUUGGUUUUUCUGCGUAUCUCGUCAUUUCCGAUUCUAUCAUGCAGAGAUACUCCGAGCUAGUGGCGUGCACUUCAUACAUGCAUUAAAGCAAUGCAUAUCCUAACAAAUGUUGUGGUAAUGUUUAUCCAGUGCGCAUUUUCCCAGUUUGGUUACAUUGUCUUACUAGUGCGUAUCCUGAACACCUAUGCACGCCCCUGCUCCGAGCCAAGCGUCUGCGUAACUACAUCGCGCGCAGUAGAAGACACCUCGAAAGUCGAAAGUACAUAUCUACUUGAAUUUUCAAAGCAUCAAUGGAAUGACUUUAUUUAUUUAUAGUGUACUACUAAAUAUACCUACAGUCAAUAUGUAAGAAUACAUUGACUGCACCUUUAAAAUAUACUUCUCGUCAAAAAAAUCGUAACUGUCCGCAAGUACUGUUCAGGCAGACCCUUUUGAUUUUUUGAUGCGAGGUAUAUUUUUAGAAUUACUAUUUAUUGAGGCUAAGUGUAUGCAUAAAUGUGAAAUAAAAUAUAUUUUUAUAUUUAUUUUAAUACAUUUAUUUACAGAUCAAUGAGAAAUAAAUUAAUAUUAAACUAAA